GUUUCAGUAUUGGCUGUAUGAGCAUACAACAAUCUUACAACCCCACAACCCCAAUGCCAUUCCACGAUGCGUAAAAUGGGACCUCACAGCCUUACAUAGCAACAUGAAGUCCAUAACUCUGGCUAAGCUAGGUUUAAAUGAGGUAUAUGGCGGCGAGCUAAUGGCAUCACCAACUGAAGCGAAGAUUUAUCGUCACACAAAAUUGAAUGUGGAGUCAAGUGCAGUAGCAAAAAAAGAUGAAAGCAAUGAGGAUCAAAGCAAAGACAGUCAACGAAGUGAUGACAGGGAUGCAUUUUCUGUCGAUGCAGUGGACCUGAAUGAUGUUGGACAUUAUAUCAACCCCAGCUGUAGCACCCCCAAUGCUGAGAAAGGAAUCAUCAUAGCACAACCAACUAAGCCCGACAUUGUGGAAGUACUCAUAAAAGAAAACCAAAAAGCUUGGGCUCUUGUACGACAAUGGGAAGCGAAAUACAAACAGUUGGAAGAAUCAUGGGAGUUGAGGGCAAGGGUGAUUGCUGCCCUUGAAGCCAAACUAUUUGACCAAUCGGGCUCAUCCAAUGUAGACAUGGACAUGAAGACUUACAUGGAGUGGAAAGAUACAGAAAUUCAGCGGCUGACAAAGUUGGUCAUCAACUUGGAAUGCGAAAAAACAAUACUUGAAGACCUUUUUGACGAUCAGUCCGUACACAUCAUCACUCAAGUUGAAGCACAAAAGGCUCAUGACAGCCUUAACAACAAUCCCACUGCAGCAUUGGAACACGUUAUCAGCCCCCCAUCAAGGGUAAAGCGCAUAAAGCAGAAGGUAAGGAAAGAACACAGGUUGGACGAGUUUGAAUACCCCAACCUGCCUGGUCAGAAGAAAGGGAAAGAAGGAGCCGAACAGCAAUCACAUGCAGUCCAAAUUGCACAAGAUUUAGACAAGCAACCACCAAAAAAGCAGCCAACAAAGUCCAAGAAGUUAACCUUAAACAACAAACUGAAGGUCUGGGCUAACAUGAACAAACUCAACAAGCAAAAAGUCCAAAAUUUGCACAAGAACGGCGGUGAUGAGUUGCUAGUGUGGCGAGGGGACUCAAAGACUAAACAUGUGUAUUUUGAUGACAUCAUACACCUCAUCAAGGAAGAAUCAAUAACCAACAACGUAUGGCAACUGUAAAUGUGUACAAAACACACACACACACACACACACA